AUGAUUGUUAACAACAUCAGACCUCUCUGGAGGCAUUACUUCCAGAACACACAGGGUCUUAUCUUUGUUAUGGAUAGCAAUGACCGUGACCGUGUUGUUGAAGCCAGAGAUGAGCUGCACAGGAUGCUGAACGAGGAUGAGCUACGUGAUGCUGUGCUGCUUGUUUUCGCCAACAAGCAAGAUCUUCCUAAUGCCAUGAAUGCUGCUGAGAUCACUGACAAGCUUGGAUUACACUCCCUGCGCCAGCGACACUGGUACAUCCAGAGCACUUGUGCCACAACUGGCGAGGGUCUGUACGAGGGCCUGGACUGGCUGUCCAGCAACAUUGCGAGCAAGGCUUGAAUAUCAAAUGCGAACUGACUAGGAGCUCCGGAUGUAUCAUGGAAACUUAGGACAGAAUCGCCUCUGCAACCUGUUAGGUGUCUUCUACCGGCACAAUAUAUUUUUUGUUUGGAAUAUGUAAUGAUGUUACGGUUCAACGUUUAUUCUACCCUACUAUACUGUUGGAUGUUCUUUGGGCCUGUUUCAUUUUGCACAAGGAUUGGAGUUCCAAUAUCAUGCUACAUUUUAAAUU